AAAAAACCAACAAGUGUCAUAAAGACAUUUUAUUGAAAUUGUUGUUUAUACGAUGCAAACAGUUUUUUGAUAAUGCACUUGCAAUGUAUUAACCGGGCUAUGGAACUAAUAUUCAUGUGUUUUUUCAUUCUGCGGCAAAAAAUUGUAAACUGAAAACAAAUUUUAAUUUCGUAUUGUUUUUUUUUGUUUGGUUUUGAAAACUUUAAAAAUUCGUUUUCAAAAGAAAACAUUACAAUGGCAAAUUCCAAUGCUCAAUCCAAUGUAAAUGCAUCCAUUUUUAAUGCAUUCAAUGAUGCUUAUAAUAGUACGAAAAUAACCAAACGACAAAUAUAUUCAAAAGUUGAUCAGAUUAAAAAAAUACGUGAUGAUUUUGAAAAAAUGUUCCUUGUGGAUACGGCACAAUUUUUUACCGAUAAAUUAAUCACUCUUGAACAUAAUGAUGAUCAUGAUAAUGAUGCUGAUUCAGAGAUUUAUCGAAUGGCUAAAUUAUUACAUCAAAAAGAACAAUAUCAUCGUGCUGCAUUGAUGAUUAUAUCGAAUAAUUUUCAUCUGAAAAAUCUUUCCGCUCGUUAUUUGGCUGCUAAAUGUUAUUUUGAUUGUAAAGAAUAUUCGAAAUCAUUGGAAAUACUGAAUCUUUCGAUUGAUAAUUUAACCUUUGAUGAAAAAGGUGGAUCUUUUAAUCAGUGGAAAAGUUCCAUUCAAUUAUUGAAAGGACAUAUACAUGAAGCAUUGAAUGAUAAAGAAUUGGCUAAUAAAUGUUUUUUCGAUGCACUUGUAUUGGAUCCAUUCUGUUAUGAAGCAUUUCAAGCAUUGAUUAAAUUUGAUAUGAUUAAUAAAGAACAAGAAUGUCAAUUAUUGGAAUUUAUUUCAACAAACAACAACGACAACACCAACGAUGAUGAAUCGAAUGCCAUCAAAAUGAUGAAAGAAUUGUACAAUCUUCAAUUUCGUCAUCAUCAUCAUCAACAACAUGGAAAAGAUGAUGAUGGAUUGAAAAAAGAAAAUGAAAAUGAACAAUCGAAACCGAAAUCAACCAUAACAUUGUUGAAUGAAUCAUUUUUCAACAGCAGCAGUGAUGACGUUCGAUUAAUUCAUGCUGAGAAUUAUUACAAUGAUUGUCAAUUCAAAAAAAGUUAUGCAAUCCUUUCCGAAAUUCAUUCGAAUGAUAUUUUAAAUCAAAAAUGUUCAUUUCUUAUGAUCGGUUGCCUUUUAGAAUUGGGCAAUCAUAUUGUAUUGCGAGAAAUAUCACAUAAAUUAGCUGAAUCAAUACCGGAAAAUGCCAUAGCAUGGUAUGCUGUUGGUUGUUAUUAUUAUUCCAUCUUAAAUAUGGAUAAUGCAAGAAAAUAUCUAAGUAAAUCUACAUUGAUUGAUCCAAAUUUUCAAGCAUCAAUGCUCAUGUAUGGCCAUUCAUUCGAAAUGGAAGCACUUCAUGAUCAGGCGAUCGCAGUAUAUAUGGAUCUAAGUAAAAUUAUGGCCCAUUCAUAUCUACCACUAUUAUAUGUUGGUGUUGAAUAUUGUCAUCUAAAUUUUCCAUCAUUGGCUGAACAAUAUCUGAAUCAAGCAUUGGAAUUAUCACCAGAUAAUCUAUUCGUACUUCAUGAAUUGGGAAUAGUUUUUUAUGAGAAAAAAGAAUAUGAAAUGGCAAAAGAAUAUUUUGUAAAAGUUUAUAAAAUAUUGGCCGAUAAACAAUUGUUGAUGGAAUAUCCAAAAAAAUGGGAACCAUUGUUGAAUAAUUUGGGACAUGUACAUCGAAAAUUAACCGAAUAUGAUGAUGCUAUUAAUUAUUUUAAAAUCGCUUUACGAAUGAUACCGGAAAAUUCAUCAACAUUAGAUGCAUUAGGUUUAGUGUAUAGUUUAAAAGGUGAACGACAGAUGGCGAGUGAUUAUUUUCAAAAGGCCCUUAGCCUUAAACGUGAUGAUGCAUUCGCAUUGACAAUGUACCAUUUAUUAUCGGUUGAAAAAAAAUGACAACUUUCAACUUUAACUUUGUUCAAGAAGAAAAAAAAAGAACAAAACACCAAAUUGGAUUUCUACAAUUGUGAUUUUGCAUUCAUCUUUUUUUUGUUGUUGUUGUUUUCAUAUGUAAUAAUAAUCAUGUAACAUGAAUAUUCAUUAAUCGAUUUUUUUCCCGGCUAUAUAUCAUCAUACAAUGAUUAAAUGGUGUGGUUAAUCUGAUUUUAAUUUUAUGUAAUUAAAUUUAAUGAAUGAAUUUAA